AUGAAUUCAGUGCAGACAGCUUCCAGCCGAAAACUUCGCAUAUGUCCUUCGAGAUACGAGUUCAAUGAUCCAGCGACCGAACGGGAGGAAAAGUGUCAAUUGUUGGAGGAGUUCGAGCGAAAAAUGGAAACUGUGGUAAAACGUGACAAGCUCCAGCGAACGAUGGACCGCACGUUGUCUCCCAAGCUGAACGCAAGGACGCAGCGUUGCAUAAAUGCGGUCCCGGCUGCGAUUCUUCCCGCUUCCGUCUUUCACACCCACAAGGGCGUCGACACCGCCAGUCUAUCGGGUGAGUUUGGUACACGAGCGCCAGACCAACCGGCGACCCUGCAGGUGACGAUAGAGCCCCGGGCCAAACCACGAGCCCUGCCACCGAGGGUGGAAAAUUGGAUGGCAAACUUUCUCCGGAAGCCGACGCGCGAACGCGUCCGGUGGCAUUCGAAGCUGCACGAGCUGGUACCACGCUGCUCGGACCGGCCACCGUCGGAGCGGGUCGAACAGCUGAUCGACGUUGGGGCGGAAGAUUUUGUCGCCUGGCUCAACACGCUCGGUGCGGAACGGUCUAGCCUGACGACGGACGUCGUGAAGGGACUGUUCUCGAUCGAGUCGGCCGACGAAACCUCCCGUGCGCUCAUCAUUGCCCCGAAGGAGAUCCAUGCGGUACCGGGACAGAUAGCGGCGGAAUGGAACGUACCACAGCUGGCGCUGGAAAAUCGUAUCGCCCUGCUACGACACCAAGACCGGAUGCUGGCCGAGCGUGGUACGAAGCGGACCGCUUUUGGCCGGGGACUGCCGCAGGAGUUGCGUACCGGCUGGGUACCGGACGGUGCAGACGGCUGGGACGUGGAACGGCCAGACGUUCCGGACGAUUUGAUGAGCUUGAAACGGUUGUUCCGUGACAUCUGGCACCUGCGCUCGGUCAAGUAUCUGGUCGAUUAUCUUGCCGAGCGACCGGCAUUACCGCGUCCACGGUUUUUGGAGGAGAAGGGUCUAUUCCAGCGGCAGGAUGUCGUUGAACCGGUUCCGUUCUACAGGAAAGUUCUGUCACAGAAAGCUCUCGCUGAAAGCAUUAGGAGAUAG